AUGGCGUUCUCAAAUCGCCGACUACGUUCCAGCCCGUCAAUGCUAUCCCUAAUUGUCCUACCCUUCCUUGUUUUCCUUCUUAGCUUCGCUGGACCAGCUUCUGCCGCCGGAUCGGCUGUCCUGGGAAUCGAUGUCGGCACCGAAUAUCUUAAGGCUGCGCUAGUCAAACCCGGUAUCCCGCUCGAGAUCGUCCUCACCAAAGAUUCGAAACGCAAAGAGUCCGCCGCUAUUGCCUUUAAGCCUACACGUGAAAGCGAUGCGCCGUUCCCCGAAAGAUUCUAUGGCGGUGAUGCGCUUGCCCUCACUGCCCGCUACCCUGACGACAUUUACAUCAACUUGAAGACACUUUUGGGUGUGCAGUUCAAUGAUGGUGCCGACGAGACAGUCAAGAGCUACUGGAACCGAUUCCCCGCCUUGAGACUGGAGGGCGCCCCUGAUGGUCGUGGAUCCGUUGCUCUCCGCAGCAACCGCUUGGGAGAGGCGCAAAAGAAGGAGGCUUUCCUGGUGGAAGAGAUUCUUGCCAUGCAGCUGAAGCAGGUCAAGGCCAACGCCGAUGUGCUGGCUGGUAAGGGGUCUGACAUCCGCGAUGUCGUGAUCACCUACCCUGCUUUCUACACCGCGGAGGAAAAGCGCAGCCUUGAAUUGGCGGCUGAGCUGGCAGGCUUGAAGAUCCAGGCUCUUGUCAGUGACGCACUGGCGGUUGGAUUGAACUACGCUACUAGCCGAACAUUCCCCAGUGUCUCCGAUGGCGAGAACCCCGAAUACCACGUCGUGUACGACAUGGGCGCUGGAUCGACCACCGCCAGUGUUUUGCGGUUCCAAAGCCGCAAGGUCAAGGAUGUUGGAAAGCUUAACAAGACCGUUCAGGAGGUUCACGUUGUUGGAUCUGGUUGGGACAAGUCUCUUGGAGGCGACUCACUCAACGAUGUCAUUGUGAAUGACAUGGUUGCCAAGUUGGCCGAAGAGAAGAAGCUUAAGGACAAGGUCACCACCGCAGAGAUCAAGGCCCACGGAAAGACCAUGGCUAGACUCUGGAAGGAUGCUGAGAAGCUCCGACAGGUUCUGAGCGCCAACACUGAGACCUCCACCAGCUUCGAGGGCCUCUACGAUGAAAACGUCAACUUCAAGUACAAGCUCAGCCGUGCCAACUUCGAGAAAAUGGCAAUUGACUAUGUGUCUCGUAUUGGUACCCCGGUCGAGCAGGCCUUGACAGCCGCCGGCCUGCAACUCAAUGACAUUGAAUCCGUGAUUCUCCACGGCGGUGCCAUUCGUACUCCUUUCGUGCAAAAGCAGUUGGAGAGCUUUGUGGGCUCAUCCAAGAAGCUCCGUACGAAUGUUAACGCUGAUGAGUCUGCUGUUUUCGGUGCUGCCUUCAAGGGCGCCGCCCUCAGCCCCAGCUUCCGCGUUAAGGACAUCCGUGCCUCUGACGCUGCUUCUUACCCCGUCUCACUGAAGUGGAACUCGGAUGGCAAGCAGAGAAACCAGAAGCUCUUCACCGCCACCUCACAGGUUGGGCCCGAGAAGCAGCUCACCGUGAAGAACCUCGAGGACUUCGAAUUCAGCUUCGCUCAGCUCAUCGGUGAAACCGAAGAGCAGCCUAUCCUUAGUGUCCAGACCCAGAACCUGACCGCGUCUGUUGCCAGGCUCAAGGACUCCUUUGGUUGCACCGCUGAAAACAUCACUACCAAGUUCGCUAUCCGCCUCAGUCCCGUCGAUGGUCUUCCUGAAGUUGUUAUCGGUACCGUCAGCUGUGAAGUCGAAUCCGAGAAGAAGGGCAUCGUCGAGGAUGUCAAGGGAUUCUUCGGACUCGGAAAGAAGGACGAGCAGGAGGUCCUUGGCGAAGAUGGUGAACCUCGGGAAUCGAUCACCCUCGAACCCGAGACUGAGUCUUCGACUACCACUUCCGCGACUUCCAGCUCCAAGACUACCUCUAGCUCCACCAAGGAUGCCAAGCCUACUCCCUCGAGUAAAUUGGAAGUCAUUCCCAUCAGCUUGAAAUCCGUGCAACUUGGAACCCCGGCUCCAUCUGCCGAAGAGCUCCUCCGCAUCAACAACCGUCUCGUCGCCUUCGAUACCUCAGACCGUGACCGUAUUCUGCGUGAAGAGGCCCUCAACGAACUGGAGGCUUUCAUCUACCGCAGCCGCGAUCUCACCGAGAAUGAGGAAUUCACCAAAGCAAUCAAGCCCGAACAGGCGACUCUUCUUGGUGAGCGUGUCUCCAGUGCCAGCGACUGGCUGUACGAGGAGAGCGAUAAUGCCAAGACUGCGGAUUUCCAGUCUAAGCUGAAGGGUCUCAAGGAAAUCGUCAACCCUGCCUUGAAGCGGAUGAAAGAGAGCGCUUCCCGCCCUGGUCGCGUCCAGUUGCUCCAGGAUAUGCUCAAGAAUGCUGAAUCUAUGCAAACCUUGAUCAAGAACCAGAUCGAAAGUGAUGAGCAGAUCUACUCCUCCGCCCUUGCGGCUUCUAGCACUUCGACCGAAACCGAGGCUCCAACCGAGACCCCGGCUUCCGAUGAAGGUCUUGAAGAUCUCGAAGAUGAUGCCUAUUCUAGCUCUACAACUUCCACCAAGAGUGCCGCUGCGGCCAAGCCCACCGGCCCCAAGUACACCCUUUUCACGCCCUCCGAUUUGACCUCCAUCACACAGGCCCUCGAGGGCACCGGGCCUUGGUUAGAAACCCAGCUCGGUCUGCAAGAAAAGCUCACCGAGUCUGACGACCCCGCUCUGACUGUCUUGGAAGUCGACUCUCGCAUGCGUGACUUCGAGCGCAUUCUCAACCGCUUGUACGAGAGAAUGACCGCUGCCGCUGGACAGAAGAAGACCAGUGGUGGUAAGAAGAGCUCCAAGGACAAGAAGCCCGAGGAGAAGAAAAAGACCAAGGAGCAGAAGAAGGAGAAGGAGCUCCCUAAAGACGAGUUGUAA